UCCUCUCGCCCACGCUUCCUUCCCCCCAAAACCCUAGAAAUCCUCAGGCGCCGCGCGCGAUCCAGACAGCAAUGGCGGCGGCGGAUGGGCUCCUCCCGGGCCUCAAGUUCGAUCCCAGCGACCACGACCUCGUCGGAAGGUACCUGCUCCGGCGCCUCCAGGGCCAGCCCCUCCCGCUCGACGGCGUCAUCCUCGAGGCGGAUCCCCUGAGCGCGCCGCCGUGGAAGCUUCUCGCGGAUCACGGCCGCGGCGACGAGGCCUUCUUCUUCGCGGAGGCGCAUGCCAAGAAUGGGAAGGGGAAGCGGCAGAAGCGCACCGUUGAGGGCGGCGGAUUCUGGCAGGGGCAGAACACGUGCGUCGACGGCGAGAGGCUUUGCGUCCCCGACGACGGCGACGGCAGCGGCGGCGGCGGCGGCGGCUUGGAGAUCGCGUGGCGCAAGUACGUGCUCAGCUUCUUCGCGAACGGAGAGAGGGGCAGUUCGGGAUGGGUGAUGCACGAGUACGCGGUGACGGCGCCGGAUGGCCUCGCCUCGUCCCAAUUGCGGCUGUAUCGCGUCCGAUUCAGCGGCUACGGCAAGAAGCGCAAGAGGGAGCCCCAAUGUCCGGGAGCCCACGGCGACGACGACGGCGAGCUACAAUGCGCGCCGCCCCCGCGCUCCAUGGCGGAGACGGCUCUGCUCGAGGAGCGUGGGCCACUGCCCCAUCCCGUUCUUGGCCCUGCAUCGGUGGUGGAUCAGUGCACCGAUCAGGGCUCAUCCGGCGUGAUCGACGAUUCUUCGCUGGUGUUUCGUGAUCUUCCCGACCUGAUUGACCUGCCAGUUGCGGAGGAAGCAGAUGCCAGCCAUGGUGCAGAGACUGCUCUGCUCAACGAGCACCUGCCGCUGCCGCCGCCACAGUUGUUCGUUCCCCCUACUGCAGUGCCGCUGGACCUCGCCGAUGACUCUAAUGGCGCCGAUCAGAACUCCUAUGGCAUGAUGGGCGACGAUCAGCUGCUGCUUCCUGACCUUCCCGGGACAAUCAAUGACGACAUGCCAGACCUGUUCGUCUCCCAAGCAGAGGAAGCCAGUGCAGUGCCCGCGAUCAGCUACCACUCGUCGGGCUUCAUGGGCAACGAGGUUGCGGCAUUGUCUGAUUUUGAGUUGCCGGAGAGCUAUUCCUCAUCUGAUGCCAUGGACGGCGAGGCGCUGGCAUUGUCGAAUUACGAGUUUCCAGAGAGCUUCGAGGAGGAUCUGAGCUGCAUCGACUUCGCCACUGCCAACGCGAGCAGCCUCGGCUUCCCAAUGGACGGAUACCCCAUGGACGAGCUGUUCGAUGAUAUGCCUGACCAGGGCUCUUCCGGCGCGAUGGACGAUUCAUCGGUGGUGUUCCGUGAUCUUCCCGGCCUGAUCAACCUGCCAGCCGCAGAGGAAGCAGAUGCCAUCGGCGAUGCAGAGACUGCUCUGCUCAGGGAUCUCGCCGAUGACUCUAAUGGCACCGAUCGAAACUCCUAUGGCGUGAUGGGCGACGAUCAGGAUCGGCUGCUGCUUCCUGAAAUUCCUCGGAGAAUCGACAUGCCCGACUUGUUCGUCUCUCAAGCAGAGGAAGCCGGUCUCGGUGGCGGUGCAGCGCUGGACUCCUCAUCGGGCGCCAUGGACGGCGAGGCGCUGGCAUUGUCCGACUUUGAGUUUCCCGAGAGCGUCGAGGAGGUGCUGAGCUGCAUGGACUUCAGCACGGUCGACAUGAGCUUCUUGGACGUCCCCAUUGACGAGCUGCUAGAUGAUCUGCCCGCAGACUGAGACUAGGCGUCAUGGAGUUGGCAAGUGAUCAACAGAUAUUGCCCUUGUAGUUGCAGGAAGAGAUUUCUUCAGAGAUUUUCUUCUCUAGUGCAGAGGCGAGAUGUUCAGGAGUUUUGUCCAGGAACAACUUGUAUUUAUUACUAGUUGAUUAGCUGAUUGAAUGUAAUUAAGCAUAUGCGGAACAUGUGAUUUAUUAGUUGAGGUAUUUGUUGAUUAGUUGAAUUCAAUGUAAGUAACAUUAUUGUAAGUAAUAUCACUAUUCAAUGAAUAUAUAAUCCUUAUUCAAUUCAUUGCUUUGUCAAACUUUGGGUGGUGUAUAUUCAAUAAAGUUGUUUCUUCCACAUUUCAUGAUGUGGAAAGACAGAACAGAACAGAACAGAGUACAACAUUGUGCUGUUUGAAAUGAAAACAAGUAUCUUCAUCCUUCAGGUUUAAUCAGCAUUGGUAUAAUCCUUCAAGAAUGGACAGCAGGCUCCAAAAACAUCAUUUUCAGAUUUAACAUGAGCAAUGCUUAUGACCAUGCACCAUUGUUACUGAAUUAUUGACUGAAAGUGAUAACAUGUAACAGCUCAUCAUCAGUUCAUCACUCAACACAAAAGAUUUUUUACCACAGUGGAUGACACAUGAUAUAAGCUCAGAGAACAUAGAACAGCCAUUUCAGAUAACAUGAGUGCCACUGGCACCCUGUCACUUUUCUUGCAUCAAUUUACAGAACAUGCUAGCAGCUGCAAAACAGCGCUGCAGCUCCCUAAUUCAUGUCAAGUACCAGGAUGUAUACUUACAAUUACAUCUUACAUUACAUGAAAAUGCAUCCUGGCCCGAAGCUACCUGUCUGUGAGCGGUUGAUCUUCAUCACCAGGGAUUGGAAAGUCAACAUUAAUCCAGCUCCUCAUCAACCGCCAAACCGCGAUUGUAAAAUUACAGGCCACGAACAGGUGGUGGCAGUCCUCAUUAUCUCGCUGGCAGAGUGGACAGACUUCAUCGUGGGGCCAGUUUCUCUUCGCCAGAUUGUCUGCCGUUAGGCAUCUUCCUUUCAGGGC